GAUGCAGAUCGCCGUAGCUGAAAUAGUGAUUGCAGCCUGCCUUCUCCUGGGAGCCAACAAAGGAUCGGCGUCCUUGCUGGACGAUGAUUGUGGAACCACAAGGCAUCCUUUAAGAGUUCGGCGGGUAGUUGGAGGCGUUCCUGCUGAAAGAUUUGCGAAUCCUUGGGCGGUGAUGGUGUUCUGCAAAACCGGUUUGAACUGCGGCGGUUCGCUCAUCACCUCUCGCUUCGUUUUAACAGCAGCGAAUUGCGUUUAUAAAAAUCCGGCCCAAAAGGUGCGCCUUGGCGCCUAUGACAAGGAUAUCAGCCAACACGCCAUUGAGGUUGACAUCGAUCGGAAUAUUUCUCAUCCAAAAUUUGAAAUGAUCAAAGGGUCUAAAUAUGACAUAGCUCUGCUUCGGAUGGCUCAAGAAGUUUCAUAUUCAGACUUCAUAAGGCCGAUCUGUCUGCUCGACAAUCAAAGAGUGCAAAACACUUAUACACAUUUCAAGAUAUCCGGCUGGGGUAGAACUGAGAGUGGUGAAUUAAGCAGAGUCUUGCAGUCGGCUACUUUAAGCAAAGUCGAUACAUCCAUUUGCAGCAAAGCGUUUGAAUUCGAUGUUGAUCAAUCCCAGAUAUGUACCCACAGUGUAACGAGCGCUCGAGAAGCGUGUGCUGGCGACGGGGGAUCCCCGUUGAGUGCAAAACUAGAUUUCGAGGGAACUAUCAGGGAAUUCCAGUUCGGCAUUGUCAUCUACGGAGAUUUGAACUGUAGGACCUUUGGUGUUUCCACAAACGUUACGCACUACAUAAACUGGAUAAAGGAUACCAUUGAUAAAAAUGCCGAUUAAAUUGAUCUGAUAUUCAUCAUUUGGGAUCCACUUAAAUCGGUUUAUCAUACAAUAA